AUGGAUUCGGAUCCGAAUUCGCCACGUCAUUCCGUACCAUACGAACCAUCUAGUUCAGUGUCGAAUUGGUCAACGAACCAAGAUAUCUCCACUAAUCGCCCAUCUAUGCGGUCCAAUCAUACCAUUGUUAAUUCGUUUGAUAAUAGUGCAAAUUUAUCACGAAUUAUUAAUUAUCCGCCAAAACGAAAAUCGUAUAUUUGCCAACCGAAAUAUCGCCCGUAUAAUGCAAAUCGUUAUUAUCAAAAUUUGCAAUACGCAAACAUUCAACUUCAAACUGACUUAAGUGAUAGGCGUUAUCAGUGUAAUAAUAGCAAUAAUACAUUUCGAUGUAACAGUGUCGAUGAUCGCUGCAACAUCUUUGAAAUUGGCCGUCAUUUAAUCGAAGGAAAUUAUGUUUCUAGCGAUGGAAUCGAGGACAGCGGUGCUGAGUUAGUUGUCGAUCCAGUUCGAAUUGAUAUAGAGUCGUUAAUUGAAAAUUUAUUCGAGCAAGAAGCCAAUUCAGUGGAUUUAAUUCAUGCAUUUGUUGGAAUGGCUGCUAUCGUAUCUCGAAAAGGACAUCCGUAUUGUCUUCUUUUAAGUGGUAUAUCGGAGCAAAUUUGGUGUGUCGUCUUCUGGAUGGGUAAAAUUUCAUUUGGGAUCAGUGCUUCAGUAAUUAAUUGCCUUGCUACCACCAAUGAACGACUCACAGAGGAGAUCAAUAAACUGCGCCGUCGAUUCGAUGUAACAUCUAAUUUUAUGCCCAAGGAGCAAAUCUAUAAUUUGCCUCAAUUUAAUCAGCUAGUCUACAAUCCAGCUCGAGCAUCUACAAAGAAAUUUCCAAUACCUUCUAUAGCAGGAAUAUCAGCGCGCGAAAAUCUCGGCAUAUAUUUGGUUGAGUUAAGUGGAGAUGGUGAAUUUAUCCAGCGAAAAUCUGUUCUUGUUCGAAUUCAGAAAGUUUCUCGCUACAUUACUUAUCGAUUAUAUGGGUGCUUCAGUGUACGAAGUCGAGAUCGCAGCGAUGCAUAUCAGGAUUUUCCUCAAGUUAUUCUAAAGGCAUUAGCAGAUCUUCAUCUUGUUUGUUGUGGCCUUUCACUUGGUACCGGUGACGAUGAUUCAAUUUACAGGAUAAUCAAUGUUUCAGACUGUGCUGUUAAAACAGCUCUGAAUGAUCUUCGUCGUAAACCACCCAAAAUGUCCGCUAAAGCACGAAUUCGCAAUGAAAAGGAGUAUGGAGUGAAUAAUCUUGUUGAAAUAAUGAGUAAAUCAGUGGAUUCAUUUGUGCCUGAAUAUGAUCGGUCAUUGAAUCAUGUGUUUUUCUCUUCGAUUCCAGCAGCAUCAUCGAGUGAUACAAAAGGAACAAAUGAAAGGCAAUCGUUUUUUUCUGUUUACAAAACAUUUGUGGAAAAUCGCCUCAGUUUGAUUGAUAGUUUAAGGAAUAUUGCCGAUGAGGCCUCGAAAAUCCACGAUAAUUGUAAGGUAGCAACAAUAACUGGAAGUUCUAUUGGUCUUGUCGCUGGAACAGCAGCUCUCAUUGGAUCAAUCGCUUUCCCACCUUUGUUUCUUGGAGGAAUCGCAACGACGGUUUUGACCAGCGUAUCCAAUAUUGGUACCACUAUAACCGAAUUUAUUAUUAUAAAGAUAUUGUUGGAAAAAGCGAUGAAACUAUCAGUUUAUGAUCUUGAACUAAGCGAGAAUUUGGAAAAAGCUUUCAAGAAUAUCAUUUCAUCAGACACAAUCGAAUUUAAAAAAGAUACUGAUUUGAGCGAUCCGCAGAAUUUAACUGCUGUGGGAUUGCAUCUCGGUUUGGGUACAGUGAAAGGAGCUGCUACUCUUGGUAUUAGAACAGUGGGACUCAAAACUGUAAGCAUGAGCGAAGCUGUUUUGCGUGGUGCAGCUCGUGGAGCGGUUGGUAUUGGCAUCGUGAUAGAUGGUGUUACAAUCGCUAUUACAGCUUCUAGCCUUGCGAAAGGAGAAACAUCAAAACUUAGCGAGGAACUUCGAAAGAUUGCAGAUAUAAAAUCGGAGGAGCUUGUGAUGAUCAGGAAUCGAAUCAGAGGAGCUUCUUUAAUCAAUUUUAUUGAUGCUUGA